AUGGCAAAGCCCGGCAUCGAUGGCGGAGCUUCGAUCAAACUCGAUCGUAAAAUCGUCGAGAAAAACCGAAGAAUUCAUAUGAAAUCGCUGUGUUCUAAGCUCUUCAAUCUUGUUCCUUCCUCCCAUUACAAAAUUUCUAAGGAUUUGCUAUCCCAACAGACCCAAAUCUCAUACGUGAUUGCUUACAUAAAAGAGCUGAAAGAAAGAGUGGAGAGUUUGGAGAAAAGGAAGGAAGCUUUACAAUUACAAAUUCAUUCUCAAUUGCCAACUUCUAGUGAUUCUACAUUUCCUAUAGUUGAGGUGAGAGAAUUGUGUAGUGGGAUCGUUCACGUAACGUUGAUUAGCAGUGUUGAUCGAAACGUCAUGCUUAAUGAAAUCAUUGGUGUCGUUGAAGAGGAAGGUGGUGAAGUUGUGAGUGCUAGCUUCUCCACGCUCGGUGAUAAGGUCUUUCAUUCCCUCCAUAUCGAAGCUAAAAUUUCUAGGGUUGGAAUAGAGACGUCGAGAGUAGAAAAAAGAUUGAAGCAUUUGAUAAUUGAAGCUCGAGAAGAUGGACGAGAUAAGUAAUCAAUCUUUCUCCUUCAAGUAUGAAAAGUUGAGACAAAAAUGGAGCUAAGAAUAUGAAUAGUUUAACGUUGUUUCAAGACCAAGAUUUGUGUAAUGUUCUUCAAAUCUUGUCAUUUUGUCAACUCUCAUAAAAUAUAUAAAAAUAAUGUCUGUUUUUGUGCUUCAGAU